AAAACCAGAACCAGAUGCGGAUAGAAAUCGGGUUGUGGGGUGCGCCUGCGUAGAGAGAGGCGGUUGCCACUUCCGAUUCUGCGCGGAUAAUACGAGACAAGGAAGAAGACGCCGACUUAAAAACACGGCAAGUAGGAGCAAGAAGAUUUUGUAAAAACUGAGGCCAUGGCGUCGAUUUGCCUCUCAAUAUGCUCGACCUCGAAACCCUUAGUGGUGCCUCCUACAUCUUCAGCCGCCAUUGCAUCAUCUUCUUCCUCUUCACCGAGCUGCAAUGGUUGCCGCUGUUCUUUCCCUUUCUCCACGCCAAUGUUUGGUCCUGGACGUUUGAUUUAUUCUACAGCUAGUAUUAAUUCAAAUCGAAGCCGGCGACAAAAGCAAGUGGUUUGUAUGGCUCCUGAAGAAGAAAAAUUGACUCGCCGAAAUCCUCUCGAUUUUCCUAUCGAGUGGGAAAGGCCCAAGCCUGGCCGCAGGCCUGACAUAUUUCCCCAGUUUAGUCCUAUGAAAACACCAAUACCACCCCCAUUGCCAUAUGAUCCUUCUGAAGAAGAUGAAGAAGAGGACGAAGAGAAAAAGAAAGAGGAAGAAGAGGAAGAUCCUGAAAAGGAAGAAGAACCAGAUAAGCCCGAUAACCAUUAGCAUUUUUUUUGAAGCAAGGAGCCUUGAAUUUCUUCUUUUGUUCUUUAUGUAUCCACAAAGCUCUUCAUAGUUAUUAUCUAGCCUUAGGUUAUGCGGACAGAAGAUGGAUGGAAUGCAAUAAUAAUUAUCCAGUAAGAGUUAUCAUGGCUGGUGUUUCCCAGUUGGAGCUGAAAGGAUCUUGCAAAUCUCCUUUCAGGACUCCUUAAAGGCUGCAGGGGUAUAAUUAGGAUUUUCAUUUCUUUUUCGGUAUUUGAAUAUUGUGCGACUUGUUUGAAUAGUAAAUUCCAAAUUUUGAAA